AUACAGUGCAUGCGAGAGUGCAUGUAAUGCAAACAGUAAUCAAAUCACUUUCCGCUAGAAUGUAAAGGAAGUUGGGGUAAACCGGCGAGAUAAAGCCUAAAAAACGCAUAUCCAAAUAGUUGGUUGGAGUUUUCCCACGGUCGUGUGAGGCUACAAGCACAAGUGCGUUUUUCGUGAUUAUUAGGCGCAAUAUUGUUUGUUGAAAGCUUGAGAUUUGGAGGACCAAGUGUUGGGUAAAUGAGGACACGUUCUUUCAGGGGCCAAACCGAUCUGUUACCCAACAUUAAACCGCAAAAAUGUACCAGUCAAAGUCGUGAAUAAUGAAAAUGCCGCCGCCUGGCAUCGAUAACAAAAACUCGCGACUGCUCAAUUACGAGGAGAACCUGCAAAUUUUCAGGUUACUGGGAAAUCGGUGUCAGUCAUUAUGCACAACAGUAGCCCAACUAUUUUGUACGGAACCCCCUAUUCACAGCCAAUGGAUCAAAAAGGACGUGGGUGUGCUCUGUUUUGUUAAAGACAACAGCAGGAAGAAUUAUUUCUUUCGGCUGUUUUGCCUCAAACGCAAUAUGAUGGUGUGGGAGCAGGAAAUGUACAAGAAUAUGGAAUACAAUGAUAGCACUUUAUUUUUGCAUAUUUUUGAAGGAGAGGACAUGAUGGUCGCUUUUAAUUUUGCAAGCACUGAUGAAGCAAAAGAGUUUAAGGCGGUCGUUGACGAGAAACUUAUGGUUCGCAGAAAGCGAGAAGAACGGCGCCAGAAACAAAUGAGAACCCCCACGUCCCAGCAAAACAACAUCGUUAACUCCAACACCCUCCGCGCCCCCCACGAUUAUAGAAAAGUAUCAGAUCCAGUGGUAAAACAAGCAAAACGCAAACGAAACAUUACAAAGGCCGACAUCGGUGUUCCUCUCGAUUUUAAACAUAUUUCACACGUGGGCUGGAACCCAGACUCCGGCUUCGAUAUCGACAGUCAAGACGAACAAUUGAAAUGUUUUUUCGAAAAAGCCGGAAUUUCCGAAAAACAGUUACAAGAUCGCGACACAAAAGAAUUCAUUUACGAUUUUAUCAACAAACAUGGGGGCCGUGAAGCUAUCGAAGAAUCAACGAGCAGACACUCGGCACGAAAAGCCCCAGCUCUGCCCCCAUUCACACAGGCGCCGCCUGUGCCUCCGGUGCCCCCCAGAGGCCCCCUGAGGUCGCACGCCUCAAGCCACAGAGUGGCGCCGCCGCCGCCGCCAGCGCCCGCUAGUAUCACAAAUUCGGUCGAAAAUGAGAAGGUAAUACCGCCGCCGCCGCCGCCACUGGCCGAUCUCGAGGCGGUGCCGCCGCCUCCGGUGCCGGCGUUCGACUUGUCGCAGGGUGACGGUCCGAUACCGCCGCCCCCGGCCAUGGGGUCGGCACUUUUGGAUAGUAUUAAGACAGGGACGACUUUGAGACCUGUCGAGGAACGAAAAAUGCCCACGACGCCAGUGGUUGAAGAUUCGCGUGGUCAGCUAAUGAAGGAGAUACAGAAAGGGUUGAAGUUGAAGCCGGUUUGUGAGAGAGAUGUCAAGCCGGUGAAUAAUGUGGUGGAGACGAGGAGUGGCGAUUUGGCGGAAGCGUUAGCUAGGGCUUUGGCCGAGAGGAGUAAAGCCAUACAUUCAGAGGAUGAUGACGAUGAAGAGGAUUCCAAUGAUGACGAAUGGGAGGAUUAAGGGGGUUUUGGGGUGGAAUAUAUGAGAGAAAGAUUUAAAAAAAUAUUAAUAAAGAAUUUAUCUUAGUAA